AUGAGCUGCUACUAUGGCAACUACUGUGGUGGRMUGGGCUACGGCUAUGGUGGCCUAGGCUGUGGCUAUGGCUGUGGCUAUGGCUGUGGCUAUGGCUGUGGCUAUGGUGGCUGUGGCUAUGGUGGUCUAGGCUAUGGCUAUGGUGGCUAUGGUGGCUAUGGUUAUGGAUGCUGCUGCCCACUCUGCUACAGAAGAUACUAUUCCUAUGGCUUCUACUGA